AUGUGGCAGUUCAUGAGCUCUCAGAAGGGCGUACUGAUGAACAGCACAGAGGAUGCUAUACGUCGAGUGAAACGGGAGGAAUACGCAUUCAUUUUGGAAUCCACAAUGAACGAAUAUUAUACCCAAAGAGACUGUGAGCUCAUACAAGUAGGUGGACUGCUGGAUUCAAAGGGAUAUGGAAUCGGAUUGCCAGAAGGAUCAAAAUACAGGGACCCCAUUUCCGAAACCAUUUUGAAACUACAACAUAGCCAAACAAUACACAAACUGAAAUUCCGCUGGUGGCAAGAAAUGGACAUCAAUGUGACAUGCGAUGCCAAGCAGAACAAGGUGUCGGAUACCAGUUCGCUGGACGUGGACAAAGUGAGCGGAUGCUUCGUUAUGCUGCUCAUUGGAAUGGGUGCUGCCUUAAUUGUCAGCCUCUUUGAAUUCAUUUACGACGCAUACGAACGCAUGCCGAAUACCAAGCGCACACUACAUGAAGAGGCAGCUCGUGCGUUCCGUUUUUCAACAAGCUGCGCCAGUUUUCGAAGUAGGAUGGCUGAGGAAUCGACCAAGCUGCCACCACCACCUUCAAUGGGAUGUGGUGCAGGGGGAGACAAGUUCUCUUUAUCGGCUGCGCUUGCCUACGCCCCCUGUCUACCCGCCCCGGAGCUUCCACCAUUGCAACUUCAAGUAGAUGAUGCACCUGAGAACAAACGACCGUCGGGGGAGUUGUCCAAAUGCGCUGCUGGUUGUAACUCGUCCGACAAUGAUCUUAAUGUAACUACUAAUCAGGGGGAAGAUGUUCUUAGUUCCUACAAUAAAGCAGAAGAAUCCACAUCCCCACCAAUGUAUCCGCACUCACCUACAAAAGGAACUCACCGAAUUCCAAGCCAGGAAUCCUCUGGAUUAAGACCGGCAGAAACCGGAUUAGAGGGUAAAUCCGUUCGAAUCGCACCUCGGUAUCCCAACGGUGAUCAGUUCGGAAAAUCUGUCGAGCACACAAGAGAGCGGUGGGUACAUGGACCCAAACUACCUGGAUUGCAACACCUACCACAAACUCAAAUAUCCGGCAAAGCUAUGUCAAGCCGUCGUGUACCAAUCAGUAACAAGGAACUAGCUUCCGUGGACAAUAAGCCCGGUUCAGCGGGAACAACAAUUGACGCUUCUGACUUCCUCAUCAAGAAAACUUGCCAUAUCCGUUUGUCGUCUGGGCUUGUCACCUACUCCGUUGAAUAUCUGGGCAAAAUAGCAAAAAGGACAAUCGCACGCUCCAUAACUCUAUUUGAUCUCAGGGUUUCCGUUUGUCGAAGAUCAUUCGAUCAAUUCCUGCUUAUGUUUCAAACAAUCGGGCGAACUCAAGCUUUCGAAUCCAUUGAGUUGGCAGUUGGAGCAAUCAUUGAGAAAAAUGACGUUGCUCAGGAGUUCUGCUUCCGAAAAAGCGUCCAAGAGGCUAACAAACUUUUGCAAAGACACGACUCACAGCGUCGUGGAAUACAGUUGGUACCCGUGAUCGAAACCAUUGACGGCGACGACAGUUUCGAUGCCUCCAGGAAAGCAUGCCGUUUAUUGGAGCGCCAAGUCAUUGCAAUCUAUGGUCCGACAACUCCAACUGCUGUGGACAGUGUUCAAUCCUUAGCCAACCAGUUUGAAAUUCCCCACCUACAAAUAGAUUGGGGUUAUAGACAAUCCACAAGGGGCUUUGCACUAAAUGUACACCCACACUAUUUGGCUUAUGGACAGGCUUUGUACGACUACGUGAGAAAAGCCGAGUACUGGGAAUCGAUUGCCUUGAUUUAUUACGAAGAAGAGAGCUUACUCAAGUAUGACUAUCUUCUGCGCAAUUUCGAUCAGCCUGUGAUGUUACGCAAAUGGGAAGUGGCCAACGAUAAUCACAAAUAUGUGAUCAAGCAGUUUAAAACAAUGCAAACUAAUUUCCGCUUCAUUGUGGACAUUCCAUUCUGGGAAGUAGAAGAGUUUCUCUUCCUGGCCAAGAAAUACAAUAUGACAUCACAAUACUACAGUUACGUUUUCACGGAUUGGGAUAUUCAACUUGUUGACUCGCAAGCAUUCAACGUGGUUGAAGGAGCGAAUAUUACAACCUUCUCAAUUCUACGCCCGACAGGAGACGAAGGCUACGGCAUUCGCGCACUGUUGGACGACGUGCGACUUUCAGCGAUACACGACGAAAGAUUUGUGCGUAGCAGCACACCGAAACGCAUCAGCGCGACUCAGUCGGCUCUGCUAUACGACGGUUUGAGUUUACUGGCCUUGGGACUUUUGUCGAGGGCUCGGACGUCUGACAUUGCGCCUCCAACAGAUUUGACUUGUUCGAGCAGCCGUGGGUGGAGUCCAGGAAUUAGUUUAAUGAACGAUAUAAAAGCUAUCCAGCCAGAAAACUUUGUGGGCUUGACUGGAACCUUUCAGUUCGAUGGUCACGGAUGGCGUUCGAAUAUGGACCUACAUAUUCUGGAAUACAUGCCAGAUGGUUUUCGACAGUUCGGUUACUGGAAUAUGGAUGAAGGCUUGGUAGUGACCAAGAACUUCAGUCGUACUUUACAAGAAAUGCAGUCGGAGUUGAAAGGCAAAGUCCUCAGAAUCACUACAAAAGAAGAAAAACCCUAUGUGAUGUAUCAAGGAAGCGUAGUUCCAGGUGAACCAAAAUCUACUGAUCCGAAGCACUGGAGAGGUUUUUGUAUCGAUUUGCUCAACGAAAUAGGAAAGGAACUGAACUUCACCUAUACUAUCAACCUGGUCCCCGAUUCUACCUACGGAAAUGCAAAGAUAAUCGAUGGGGAGGAAGUAUGGGACGGGAUGGUUCAAGAGCUUCGAACCAGGAAAGCGGAUUUGGCUGUUGGGUCGUUUACCAUCACUUACGAUCGUGACCGUGUCAUCGAUUUCACAACUCCAUUCAUGUAUCUCGGGAUCAGCAUUAUUUACAAGAGAAUCGAAGACAAGCGGUCACAUUUAUUCUCAUUUCUUCAACCACUGUCAGCACCGGUUUGGGGUUACAUACUGGCCGCCACCAUCAUGGUCAGUCUGGUCUUGUUCGUGGUUGCGCGCUUCAGCCCAUACGAAUGGAAAAUCAAUCAUCCGUGUAACGUCAACUCCAAUGUUGUGGAAAACAAGUUCAACAUUUUGAACAGCAUCUGGUUUACUUUUGGAGCAUUAAUGCAGAAAGGUUCGGAUGUCGUGCCACAUGCCACGUCCACGCGGAUUAUUGCCGGAUUCUGGUGGUUUUUCACCUUAAUAGUUAUUUCGUCCUACACCGCUAACUUGGCAGCCUUUCUCACAGUUGCACGAAUGGAGUCACCUAUUGAGAAUGCUGAGGAUCUGGCCAAACAAACAAAGAUAAAGUAUGGGACUAUUCAAGGAGGAUCCACUGUGGCGUUUUUCGAGCAAACGAAAUUUCCCACAUACAAACGCAUGUGGCAGUUCAUGAGUUCACAGAAAGGUGUGAUGAUGAAUAGCACGGAAGAAGCUAUUCGUCGAGUCAAACGUGAAGAGUACGCUUACAUCUUGGAAUCGACCAUGAAUGAAUACUACACGAAACGAGACUGUGAACUGAUGCAAGUCGGUGGACUUCUGGACUCUAAAGGAUACGGAAUCGGGUUACCAGAAGGUUCAAAAUAUCGGGACCCAAUCUCUGAGACAAUUCUCAAACUGCAACACAGUCAAACCAUUGACAAACUGAAAUUCCGCUGGUGGCAAGAGAUGGACAUCAACGUGUCUUGUGAUGCGAAACAAACGAAAAAAUCAGAUACCACUUCACUAGGCGUAGAAAAAGUUGGUGGUUGUUUUGUGAUGCUACUGAUCGGAAUGGGAGCAUCGUUGAUUGUCAGUCUGUUUGAAUUCCUAUACGACGCUUAUCAGAGGAUGGCACACAGUAAGCGUUCUCUGCAUGAAGAAGUUGCCCGCACUUUCCGCUUCUCCACCACCACCUCAAGCCUACGAAGUCGAAUGGCGGAGGAAGCAACCAAACUCCCACCGAUCCAUUUGAGCGGGUGUGUUACGGGAGAGAAGACGAAUUUUGGCUCUGUCCUUGCUUACGCACCAUGUUUACCACCACCUGAGUUCCCUCCACCAAAACCAGGACUUUCCUACACAAACUUCAUUAAAACACCGGUCAUUGCAGACAGGCCACAAUUUGGUGUGGGAUCCGAUUCGUCGUCCAGUGCUCCUGCAAUAGAAAUCAAGCCAAGACCAGACAGCGUGGUUGACGCCAACGAUCUGAAUGAACCAGCUGUCCACGACAGUGACUCACGUUUUAUCUUCCAACAACAACACCCUCAACAACAAAGACAGCCACUGCCAAGCUACCCAGUCCAUCGCUAUCCAGAGCCCACUGUCGACAAUGGUUUCAUGAGACCACCUGGUCUCUAUCCACCUGACGAGAACGUGGAUGAAUUUGUUGACGACAGAACGCAGCAACAAUGGCUCGCGGGACCCAGUCCUAACUCCAUAGGGCUUCCUGAUCAGUAUCCGUUGACUGCCCAACCGCCCUUGCGCAAUAUUUCAAGCAAUAACUGGGAUGAUCCGAUUAUUGAUCACAGAUUGGGAUCACGAAGCACUUUGAGCAACGCACCAGACUUUCUCAUCAAAAAGGUGUCUUGUUGAGGACGCUAUUAGACUACUAGUGUAUCUUCACAAACCAGUUUACGUUCCGCCAUUCGUCUAUCAGAUCAUUUUUGUGGACACAUAUUAUGUCUGGUUGUCGACUCUGCGCCGGGUCGUCAAUGGGUGUUCCUGUGGCGCCUAUUCCGCACAGCAUUCGUGAACAGAUUACCGUAAAAUUUAAAACUUGAUAGUUUCCCGAGCUUUUGUUGUCCCUUGUUUGGUUCAUUUUUUCAAAGUUAUGUUAUUUGUCUGAGGUUGUUUUACCUCAUUAUCGUGUCCAGUUUGUGGAAGUAAAAUUAUGCCCA